UGGUCUGGGCCAAGCGGGUCACCACGUGGUGAGCCGAAAGCUGUGCUGCCCACGUAGGGGGUCCAGGGCGGGAGUUGGGGGGAGGGGGGCGGAGCCGCCCCGCCCCGCCUCUGGCAGGGGCACCCCGGCCCGAGCGGUGGCCGCGCCGGGAGCCUGCGCACUGUGGCGACAGCGACAGUAGAGGCUCGGGGAUCAAUUGCUGGAAGAUGGCGGAACGCACAGCCAGCGGCUGCGGAACAUCCUUGAGGGGGAUGCGGGAACGCAUGGUUGCGGCAGCUCAUGCCAUUGCUCAAGAAAGACGCAAUCAGAGUGGAUUUAGCUCCCUUCCACCCCAAUCCUCAAAUACAAAAUCAGCAUUUAAACCAGUGAUAGAUGGAUCGGUACUUAAAAAUGAUAUAAAACAAAAAUUAGCCAAGGAGCGCAGAGAAGAAAGAAGAAGACAAGAAGAUGCUACAAAAGAAAUACAACUACUUGAAAAAGAAAGAAAGUCCAAGAUCCAGUAUGAAAAACAGAUGGAAGAAAAACAACGAAAGCUGAGAGAACAAAAACAGAAAGAUGAACAGCGAAGAAUAUCUGUUGAAGAAAAAAGAAAACAAAAAUUAGAAGAAGAAAGGGAGAAAUUCAAAGCUGUUGUCUCUCGUACAUUGGAGAGGAGCAAUCGUAUUGAACAACGUCAAAAAAGAUGGUCAUGGGAAGGCUCUACAACAGUGAACUCUGAAAGUAAAACAGUCAAGAAACGGUCUAUAUCUACUGAAAAGCUAGAACAGGAUACUUCUGGAUCACACCAACAAAUGACACCGCCAUCUCCUGGUCUUCAGAAUUCUAUUUCUAAGGUUCAGCAACUGUACACGGAUCUUUGGGAGAAUGAUUUAAUCAUGCGUCUGAUCGCCCCAACAAAAGCAUCUCUAGCCAGGAGCAAAAGUGCUGCUUCAUUAUCAAUUCCUGGGAAAGAGACUCCAGGCAUCCACAGCCCUGUAGUACAGUCUAUAGACAUGCCCUUGCUUAGCCAUAGCAGUGAUGAAUUGAAGAAUACCAUGGUACUUUGCAAAUCAACAGUGGCAGUACCUCUUCAAGAGAAAGUAGAAACACCCCUCAAGGUGAGCCUGGAAGCACCCCCUGAGUUGAGUGUGGAAGCACCACUCAAGGUGAGCACGGAAGCAGCUCCCGAAGUGAUCAUGGGAGCAUUCCCCGAGAUGAGUGUGGAGCCACUUCUUGAGAGCUUGGAGGCAUCACCUGAGGGAAGCGAGGACAUGUCCCUCAUGAGUGUGGAUCCAUCUCCUGAGGUGAGCAUGGACUCGUCCUCUGAAGCGAGCUUGGACUCAUACCCAGAAGUGAGCAUGGAAACAACAUCCGAGGCUCGCAUGGACGUGUUCCACAAGGGGAACAUGGAAAUGAUUCCCGAGGAAAGCUUAGAAACAGUCCUUGAAGAGAACAUGGAAGUGCCCCCUAAGGCCAGUGUGGAAUCAUCCCCUGAGUCCAAGUCAUGCCCUGAGGUGAACUUGAGAGACACUCCCCAGAAAUCAAACCUUGUAAAUAAGAAGCGCACAUCGACACAUUCACCAUUGUCUAAAUGGCCAUCUUCUACAAACGUGUGGGAUUCACCCUCUCCCAUAAGUGCUAAUAGGCAAAUACAAAAGAAUUGCCCGCCAUCCAUUUCACCAUUUUUGUCAAAACAAUCAGCACAAUCUUCUGUUUCCUCUAAAAUAAUUCCUGCUCAACAUACCCCACGUACACAAAAUAUAGUAGGUAAUAUCAGAAGGAAAAAGAAAAAGGCUUCUAAAAAAACCACUAAAAGCUCUGAGGCUGUGACCCAAAAGCAUAUGACUUAUGACGUAGAGUCUGGUAAUAAAAGCACGCAAGGGAUUAUGAAUGCUGAGGAGGCAACAAAAAUUUUGACAGCAAAACGACGCCUUGCUCGUGAACACAAAGAAAAAGAAGAAAAACUACAAAAAGAAAUGGACCAAAGGAAAGAGAAAAAAGUGACAAAGAAAGCAUUUGAAGGCCAAGAAAGGUUCUCAAAAUUUGACCAUGGACAGCAACAAAAGGAAAUAAAAAAGAAGGAAGGACUUCAAGAUCAGGAAAACCAGCGAGAGUUAUUACAGAAAGGGGACGCCAAAAUAAAAGCUAAGGAGGAAGCCGACAAACGUAAGAAGGAGCAGGAAAAAAUUAUGUUACAGAAUUUACAAGAAAGAUUAGAAAGAAAAAAGAGAAUUGAGGAAAUUAUGAAGCGGACAAGAAAGACCAAUUUGGACACCUCAAAGGAUUUACAAAUAUCCAGCAGUGACACAUACGAGGAUCAUGAGGCAGAUGAUGAGGAUGAGCCUGAAAGUGAUGAUGCAAAUUCUCCUGAUGACUUGCAUCCAUUAGCCUUUACAAAUGGCAUGAAUUCAUCCAGAAAACUCAAGAAAAGUUUUAGAAAUGUGAAGAGCGCCCCCAGGCUGCUGUCUUUAGAAGUCAAUUCUGACAAAGUCUAUACAAAGACAAGAUCAUCUUUAAAAAGUGACAUAAAAAACGUCAGACAAAAAGUGAAAGACCCUUUGGCUCAGGCCAAGGGUAUCAGGCUGUCUAUCCAAAGAAUGACCAACCAAGUAACAAAAACCGAAAAGAUAGUUGAAACCAGCAACCCCAUGGUAUCAUCAGAAAGUUUACAUCCAGUGUCACAGGAAUGUGCGUGUGACCAGAUACUAGAUAGCACUCACAAGAUUGAUCCACUCAUUUCUAGUAACCUUCCUGAUAGCCAAAAACACCAUCUGAAAGGUUUCACAACAUUCUACCGAAGUCCCCAGACAAAAAUAGAAAAAUCUGAUUCUGCUUGAUCAGACAUGUAAACCUCGUGCAGCCUAGAAGAGAAUUUAUCCUCCACUCUGGGUUUCAACUUCUAGGCCCAUCUCCCAAAAUUGCUCCACCUUCGACUUGAACCAAGCAAAGAAAAUAACAAUCUAAAAAAACGGGAAAACAUCAAAAAGUCAUCUUAACACGUUUCAGAAGAUGCUCGCUCACUCGUAUAAUCUUGAAGUCCACAAGGAGGGGUUUUUAAUAAAAAGUUGUGUUCCUGUAAAAAUCUCCAUUGUAUCUCAUUGUGUUUUCCUACCAACACACGUUUGAGUGUGCAUUGAGGCUGUGUUUAUAAACUUGUAACUCUUGUACUUCUAAAAUAAUUUCUACUGAAAGAAUAAUAUUCUCUCAGUACAUGUUUGAAAUCUUAAAAUAAUGUUUGUUCUGUUUAACAAUUAAGAAAUCCAGUUUGAUCUUGUAGAGAACAUGAUAGGUUAUGUGAAGGACUCAAGAUUGCCCCCAAGUGCUAUGUUGGAUUAUUUCUAAUAUACCAAUACCAAAGGUUGGAAAAUAGAGUAAAGUAUAUGUUACCAUUAUAUAUGUCUAUGUUUAAUCAUGCCAGCUGAGUACACAAGCAGUGAUGCCCCCAAAUGCUAGGAGUCCUAGAAGAACAAUUAUAAUAGGAUAUUUUGUGCUCUUAGCAGUAUUUCCUUUUGGAGUACAUAUUGUACUAAGGUUUAUCUACAAAAACAUGUGUUGUUUUUAUUGUAUACAUAAAGCAGUAUUUGGCUGUUGUCUGGUGGGGUAUAUUUAAUUCCUCUAAAUGUUUACUGUGUAUAUAAUCUUUUUCUGUUUACACCCUCCAGUCCUGCCCUUCAGUAUAUACCCAGGCUUGGGAUAUGGAACCAAAAUCUCCUUGCCUUUCUCUAACCAGUGGCUGCAAGUGAGUACGGGAACAGUGUUAUUCUUUAGUCCUUGUGAUAGAUAGGCACACAUGCAUGCACACACACACAAGAUGUAUAUUUGCUGAAAUGCACUGAGUCCUCAUUAAAAGAAUUUACUAAUACUUGCCCUGGCUGGUUGCUUAGUGGUUAGGGCUUCAGCCCGAGCACCAGAGGGGUCGCAGAUUCAAUUCUGGGUCAAGGGCAUGUACCUGGGUUGCAAGUUCGCACCCUGUCCCUGGUCGGGUCACCUGCAGGAGGCAACCAGUCAAUGUAUCUCUCUCACAUCAAUGUUUCUUAAUCUCUCCCUCCCUCUCUUAAGCAAUGGAAAAAAUAUCUUCAGGUGAGGAUUAAAAAAGAAACAACAAAAAACUAUUGACUAAAACUUGAAUGGAAUUUUAUUGUUCUAAUGCUAGUGAGUUUUCUGGCAAAUCACAAAGUUUGAAACAUGUCCAUGUUUCUUUCUAGUCACCAGUCUUGGAGUAGUAAAGGAAGUAUUGUAAUUAUUCUUUCUUGUUUCUUAGUUCUUUGCUAUUCAGAGUACUAUACCUUUUGUUACAGAUUAGAGCUUGAUGCCUUAGAUUUUAAAACUAUUUUCAAAUGCUAGUUCUUUUGUAUAGGAGGCAGACAAUCAUCCUAAGAAUAUUUCUGAUAUUUUUCCGCACGAAUGUUACAUAUUGAAACCCAUUGUUGUAUCUUCAUAUAAAUAUGUGCUCUGUGAAAUAAACUUUGCAGAUAAAGCCAA